AUGGAAUAUACAAUAACAAAAGUAAACGUCCGCACAACAAACCAUCUGUUGGAUUAUCUCAACGCUAGUGGAAACUUUGUCUACGCUGACACUUGGGGCUACCAAUAUAAUAACACGUGGAAUGGCUUGAGUGGAUAUUUGGUUCGGGGCGAAGUGGAAAUUGGAGGUUCACCGAUGUUCUUUACGGCGGAGCGAAUAUCGAUAGUCGAAUACAUAUCAAGCCCAACACCGACCCGUUCCAAGUUCGUCUUCCGACAGCCGAAGCUCUCCUACGAGAACAACUUAUUUCUUCUGCCGUUCCGCAAUAAUGUCUGGUACAGCGUCGUAGGGCUCAUGUUCCUUCUGUUCUUGGCAAUAUUGGUUGUCACCUUUUGGGAGUGGAAGAAAAGUAGCAGCGGUAUUGACACGGGUUUAUUCGCGUUUCAUAUGGAAACUGGAGUCGGGUACAAGUUUGUCGGCAAAUACUUUGAAGAGGGAGAAAAAUGUGGUCUCUACGAAAUACAGUACCUUCAGGUUAUAGACCCGUGGCUGGCCGUUCGUAAGAACUCGCCGUAUGUGGAAUUGUUCAAAAUAGGGAACGAAGAAAUCUGUAAAAAUUCAUCACCGGCCGCAAACAUAAUCAUAGUAGCUGAUAUCCGGUGUCCAAAUGCUAAAGAUGGUUUACUUAUAGCAAAUGAUUGUCACAAAUUCAAGAGUCCGUAUCGUUGGCUCAUAAUCGGUGUAACGCCUUUUAAUAAACCACGAGAAUUGAGAACCGUGUUGGAACACCUUGAUAUUUUAACCGAUGCUGAGGUAAUAAUGUCUCAGAAGAAUGAAAACAAUUUUAGCUUGUACAUGCCAUACAAAAUCGGAGCAAAAAGCAAGGAAUGGAUUGUUGAAAAUUUUGGAAAAUGGGAAUCUAAAUACGGUUUCAUAAAAUAUAAAGAAAUGACUGUUUCUACCGCUAUAAGACGAAAAGACCUAUUAGGUGAACCAGUGACAGUUUCAGUCGUAAUAACAGAUAACAAGACAAAAUCUGAAUUAUUAGAUAUGCGGACUAUCCAUAGAGACACAUUGGCUAAGGCCAGUUUCCUCCACUAUUUGCCGAUUUAUGAUUUCAUAAACGCAACCAAAGUUAUUAUUUACACCGACACGUGGGGCUAUCUUGUUAACGGAACAUAUAACGGAAUGGUCGGGCACGUAGCCAGAGGCGAAGCGGAAUUGGCAGGCACCGUGAUAUUUAUUACGAAAGAGAGGUUGCCCGUCUUAGAGUACAUGAAUUAUCCGGCUUCGCCAUCAGUGAAGUUUGUGUUUCGAGAGCCUUCGCUGUCUUACCAGCAUAAUUUGUUCCUACUGCCCUUUAAACCUGUCGUCUGGUGCUGUAUUUUGGGGCUAGUGUUCGUUUUGAUAAUCGUUCUGUUUAUUAACGCACGAUGGGAAAGAGUUAAAUGUAGUUACGUGAAUGAGUUCGAUCACACAGUGCUGAAGCCGAAUAUGGGCGACAUUGCAAUUUUGGUAAUUAGCGCCAUAACGCAGCAAGGAAGUUCAACGGAACUAAAAGGCACUCUCGGGCGAGUCGUGAUGUUCAUACUGUUCUUGGCUUUUGUGUUCCUGUACACUUCCUACUCUGCCAGUAUCGUCGCCUUGCUGCAGUCCAGCUCGAAUCGGAUCCGAACCUUGUCUGAUCUGCUCAACUCCAAAAUGGAAUUGGGUGCGGAGGACACGCCGUACAAUAGAUACUAUUUCGCGACUGAAACCGAACCAGUGAAAAAAGCGAUUUACAAAUACAAAAUAGCUCGUCGGGGCUCCAAAUCAAAUUUUUUGAAGUUAGAGGAUGGAGUUCGCAAACUGCAGAAGGAACCAUUCGCUUUUAAUAUGAACACUGGCCUCGGAUAUCGAUUGGUAGAACAAUAUUUUUAUGAACACGAGAAAUGCGGACUGCAAGAAAUCUCUUAUUUCCCGAACACCAAACCAUGGCAAACUUGUCGGAAGGACUCCCCGUAUAAAGAAAUGUUCAAGAUCGGG